AUGCUCCCUGCCAGCCUCUUCGCCCUCAUCUGCGCGCUGCUCUUCGCGGUCAAAACACGGGCUAUGCCCGCUGAGCUCGCCAUUCGCGCACACAUCCCUCGUCACCCUGACCCAUGCUUCAAGAGCAACGUCUACUGCUUGACCGUUCAGACGGGCGAGCAUGGUGAUCGCGAGUGGGCCGUCCCCGAGGGUAAACCAUCGUGGAUUCAGCAGGAGCCGGGACUGCCUUGGAAGACUUAUGCUUUCAAUGGAAAGUUCAAGGGGACGCUACGCAUGUCGUGUCGUUCAGACUUCUACUCGUACUUUGACGUCUGGUUCGGCUGGACCAAGGGAUGGAGUAACAUGACAACAGUCGACCCCGAUAUCUCUGCGUUGUCCUCGGACGGCAAGGUGCUGAAGGAUGGCACUCAUGGCGGCUCCAUUGGCAGCGGUCGUGCUUGGGUCGACUUUGCCGUGUGGUGCAUCUGA